UUAGUAAUGGCCAUAGUAAAUUGUAUCUAAUUAACACGGGACAUGAUUUUCUGUAUAAAAUUGAGUUUAUAAUUAAAAGGAUAACAUUUUGGAUUUAUAACCGUAACAAAAAAUUAAUGACAUGUCAUUGCUUUGUUUCAAGAGCAGGAAGUUUACGCCAAAAAUUGCGAUUGCGCACUGGCCAAAUUAGUAGGUAGUGUGAAAGAAAAUGGCGAUCAGCGAAAGGCGUCCGGAGUUAACGUGAUGAAAAACAUUGUUAAAAGCUCAAUUACAUAGUGUUAUAGUUAUAAAUUGUGUCAGAUGUAGAUUAAUUAAGUGUUAAUGAAUAGUGAUUGUGUAUAAAAAUGGCUGCGAACAUGUACAGAGUCGGCGACUGCGUCUAUUUCGAGACGUCGUCGACGUCUCCGUACCAAAUCCGGCGGAUAGAAGAACUAAACAAAACUACGUCUGGCAACGUAGAAGCAAAGGUCUUAUGCUUCUACAGGCGGAGAGACCUACCUAAUCCCUUAAUACAAUUAGCAGAUAAGCAUCAAAUGGCCCAGUCAGAAGACUCACCAGUGGCAAUGAAACUCAAGAAAAUAUGCCUUAAAACGCCGAUAGGUGAGGAACAAGCGGCACAAGCAGUCCUCGACCCUGCGAUAGUGGCGAUGGAGGAGGAAUCUAGCGAGACGGCGGGCGCGGACGGCCUGCCGCCGAAGCAGCGGCACCAGGCGAAGCACCGCGAGCUGUUCCUGUCGCGGCACGUGGAGACGCUGCCCGCCACGCACAUCCGCGGCAAGUGCACAGUCACGCUGCUCAACGAGACGGAGUCGCUGCUCAGCUAUCUGAACAAGGAUGACGCAUUUUUUUAUUGUUUAGUAUUUGAUCCUUCACAAAAGACUUUAUUAGAAGAUAAGGGAGAAAUCAGAGUUGGAAGUAGAUAUCAGACUGAAGUAACUAAUUUAUUAAAAGAAGGCGAGGAGGACGGUCGCGCGAGCUCGGAGCUGGAGACGCUGGUGUGGACGCCGUCGCACGGGCUGACGGACCGGCAGAUCGACCAGUUCCUGGUGGUGUCGCGCUCGGUGGGCACGUUCGCGCGCGCCCUAGACUGCUCCUCCAGCGUCAAACAGCCCUCCCUGCACAUGUCCGCCGCCGCCGCCAGCCGGGAUAUCACACUGUUCCACGCGAUGGACGCGCUCCACAAGAGCGGGUACAGCAUAGAGGCGGCGCUGUCGUCGCUGGUGCCGCCGUCGGGGCCGGUGCUGUGCCGCGACGAGAUGGAGGAGUGGUCCGCCUCCGAGGCCAACCUGUUCGAGGAGGCGCUCGACAAGUACGGCAAGGACUUCGCCGAUAUACGUCUCGACUUUCUGCCAUGGAAGACGUUCAAAAACCUAGUGGAGUACUACUACAUGUGGAAGACGACGGACCGCUACGUGCAGCAGAAGCGCGUCAAGGCCGUGGAGGCCGAGUCCAAGCUGAAGCAAGUGUACAUUCCCAACUACAACAAGCCGAACCCCGCGCUGAUCACCGCGUCGGGCGGCGGCGGUAAGGGCGCGGUGCUCAACGGCGGUACCAACGGCACCCCCGCCCUCGCCGCGAACGUCUGCGCCUCCUGUCAAGUUACAAAUUCAAAUCAGUGGUACACAUGGGGCCCGCCGCACUUACAGUACAGAUUGUGCGGCGCCUGCUGGCAAUAUUGGAAGAAAUAUGGAGGACUAAAGACCGCUGGCGUAUUCGGCGAGAACGACGCAGAGGCGGCGCGCGCACGGCCCGACGCCGACGACACGGCGCUCAGUGUGUCGCACCGCCCGCACCGCUGCACCGCACUCAACUGCUCUAAGGAGUUCAAGUUGCGCGCGCACCUGGCGCGGCACGUGGCGACGGUGCACGGCGGCGCGGGCGGCGAGGGCGCGCGGCCCGUCAUGAAGACGCGCGCCGCCUUCUACCUGCGCGCCUCGCCCUUCACGCGCCUCGCGCGCAAGCUCGCGCGGGCCCUGCGCCGGCCCCGCCACUUCGCCCGCUCGCCGUUCUCGCCCAUCAACCUGCACCAGGUUAAACACGAAUGUACUCUGGCGAUGGCGUCCGGUGCGGGCGGCGCCGAGGUGCGGGGUACGCCGCGCGUGCGGGGGCCGGUGGGCGCGGUGGCGGCGCGGCUGGCGACCACGCUGGGCACGCCGGCGCCGCGCACGCACGACUGGCUGGUGCUCACGCCGCGCGACCGCAUGCCCACGCCCAACCACGUCGCCUUCCCCAAACCGCCUAAGGCGCCAGACGGCAGCCUGAUGUACGAACGCGUGCUCUCCCGCGCCGAGAUCGAGGCGCGCCGUGCGGCGGAGGCGGCCCCGCCCCCGCCGCCGCCCUCGCUCAAGAGACGCGCGUACGACGAUAUCAACGGGCUCGACAUGAAUUAUUUUUUGCUACUUGAGGGCCCGCGCCCGCCGCCGCCCCGCCCCUACACCAUGGAGGCGCUGCUCGGCUGAGCCGCCGCCUGUAUAUUGCGACUGUACAUAGCCCGCGCCGGCGGCCGACGUCCACCCGACUCCCGACCGACACCCCGACACCUAAACGUUAACGAAGAUUGUAUUUUUGGUAAUCGAAUCGCCGACGAUGGAUUCUGUAGAUAAUAUUUUAAACUAUAAUGUUCUUAUGUGGUUCGAUCUGGCGAUGAGUGAAUAAUGUAUUUGAUACAUAAAACGAUAUGUAAGUCUAUUUCAUUCGGAGAUUCAUUGUAGGAUAAUUUACAAUUUUUUUCAUAAAUAAAGCACAAAUUGGA